UGCAUUUUAUAUUUAAUAAAAUAACUACAACAAAGUUAUCAUAAUGAAAGCUGCGAUCUUUGCCUUGGCUAUCAUCGCUGCCUCAAUAUGCCUAAUUCAGGCACAGGACUACCGGUCCACUGUUGUGUUGGGUCGGGUGCGACCCCUAAUACGUGAGUACGAGGGCCAUUACAACCGGCACCGGCACACAAACCGACGACUGGGCGAACGCAUUAACAGCGAGUUGAGUCAAUUGCGUACACUGGAGCGCGACCUGAACCGGGCCAGUCGUAACCUGGACUACAGAGCUUACAAUGCCUACGAACGCCGUUUCCAACGCCACCAAGAGCGUCUUAGAGAGCUGUUGAAGUAUGUGACGGCCGGACACCACCGACACCACCACCGCUCACCGCAACUACUACUCGGCCGUAUAUCACCUCUAUUGGCCACAUACGAGGGCCAUCUGGGCCGGUACCGGCACCACCAUCAUCACCGGCACCGGUACCACAGCCUACAGCACGAGCUGCACCGCGUACGCCAAUUGGAGAGGGAACUAUUUGAGAUGGAACGCUCCGGGGCCGCGUAUUUAGAGCCUGAUUAUUUUUUCGAUGUGGAACGCCGACUUAUGCGCCACGAGGCCAGGUUGGCCGAGAUAUUGGAGUAGUUGGUCAUCCUAUCUGUGCUGAGCACUCUCACUGCCAUUUACACUAAUUUGAUCCCAUUUGACCACUCAUAACAUAAUUUUGUGACUAUUUUUAUAAUUCAUUCAUUUCUGAUGUUUAUAUUGUAUUUGUUUUUAUAAUACUUUUAUGUGAUUUUUAUUAUUA